CAGAUUGAGACGGGAGGAAGCAGCAGCAGCAGCAGCGAGCGACUCGGCUGGUCGGCGAAGCAACUCUGCUCCGAGAAAACGCUGAAAAAACCCGACUGCUCGGCACAUAAACUGAAGGGAUGGCAGCCAUCCGUAAGAAGCUGGUGAUAGUGGGGGAUGGAGCUUGUGGGAAGACAUGUCUCCUGAUCGUCUUCAGCAAGGACCAGUUCCCCGAGGUCUACGUCCCCACCGUGUUCGAGAACUACGUCGCCGACAUUGAGGUUGAUAGCAAACAGGUGGAGUUGGCUCUCUGGGACACGGCGGGUCAGGAGGACUACGACAGGCUGAGGCCUCUCUCCUAUCCAGACACUGACGUCAUCCUCAUGUGCUUCUCCAUAGACAGCCCCGACAGCUUGGAAAACAUUCCAGAGAAGUGGACCCCAGAGGUGAAACACUUCUGUCCAAACGUUCCCAUCAUCCUGGUAGGAAACAAGAAAGACCUGCGCAACGAUGAGCACACACGCCGAGAGCUGGCCAAGAUGAAACAGGAGCCGGUGAAGUCAGAGGAAGGCCGGGAGAUGGCCGGACGGAUCGCGGCGUUCGGCUACAUGGAGUGCUCCGCCAAGACCAAGGACGGCGUGCGGGAGGUGUUCGAGAUGGCCACCAGGGCGGCGCUGCAGGCCCGCCGCGGAAAGAAGAGCAAUAAAUGUGUACUGCUGUAAAAUGGCCGACACAUUUGGACUGUUUUCACCCCGGGGUCGCGACACCCAGGGGGAUAGGGCUCGGGAGGGAUUACUAAGACGGGAGAGGGAGGGCGGGAGGGGACGAAAAGAGUGCAGUAAAUGACUACCGCUGUAAACUGGCUGUUUGUUGGACUGAAUUCAACCCUGGGACUCGGGCUUGGGAAGCUUUUGAUGGCGAGGGGGGCAGGGCGGGGCGGGUUAGCGGCCGGACGGGGAAGGAGGGAGCGCAGUACUACCGCUGUAAAGCAUCGGGUUCUGGGUUCACCAUCAGGGUGGGAAUCUUACACCAGCCGCCAGCCCAAACGCUGGUACAUUUAGUCUGUUCAACAAGCCACUUACACUGAUAACGAUCAUUAGGAGAUCCUGGUCCUUUGUAAAAAAAAAAAGAAAAUCUAGCUGAUAAGGUUGAGUUCUGGGGUUUUCCAGUGACUGUGUUCAGUACGGACAAGAAAAAAAAAAAAGUUUAGUUUCCUGCCUGGAUGACUUGACAGACGCAUGGGGCAAACAGACAGCACAGUAAACCAGUACCACUGUAACCGGCCACCAGUGGACUAUUUAUCCCCAGGUUCUGGCCUGGAAUUAGGGCUAGGGUGGAGUUGGACAGGCGAAGGGAUGGGAAAGCGCAGCACAUGAGAAAACAUCCACCAACCCAACGCUUUGCACUUUCAUCCAAAAGCAGACGAACCACCAGUGAACUCCUCAAAAUGGUGCUUUGAACAGACGCGAGGUUUCGUAGCCUUUUGCUUUAGUUGUCAUCCGGCGGGCUAAACGAGUGGUCAGGUGCUCGGGCCCUAUGCGUUGUAUUAUCAGACAGGUGCGCUCACAUGUCCAGCUCGGUGCCGUUCAGUCCCUCCUGUGGGUAAUCCUGAGCUUACGGACCGACACAUGGAGCUCUGAGGUAAUCUGUUGCCGUCAGCUGAUGUGGAGUGCUUCAUUAAUGUGCAGUUUGGAGUUAAACUGUCCUGGUUUUAGGUUAAGUUUGAUUCAGAUGGCGGACGGUAGAUCCUCAGUGGCCGAGCUGGACGCGUGAGCCGCUUCGUCUAUUACCUUUGGACUGAAUCAGUGGAAGUGGCAGGCGAAUUCGGUAGCUUCCUGCCCUGCUAGGCAAAAAACCCCAAAACAAACCGCCGCGGCUCGACUCCCAUCCCUCCCUGGUCCACAUAGCCGACUGCUGGUGCUCAUCUUCCCCCUGGUUUCAGAGCAGGACGAAGAACAAGGAGGAGAGAGUGUUUGUUUACACGCACACCACGGAUCUCCUUACCUGGGACUAUGAAUAUUAUGUGUGUGUGUAGGCAUGUAUAAAGGUCAAAUGUACCAAAAAGUAGUUGAGGUAAAAGGUGCCUGGGAUAUUCCAUCAUCUACACGUUUGCCUUUUCCCGGUGGCUGCUACAAACUUUUAACACGUGACCUUUUUAAUCCUGUGUGUGAAAAUGCCAGAUUUGUCAGGAUGGAUUUUGUACAGAAGCCUGCAGGUGAUCUACGCCGCCGCCGACGCAGUGACGAUUAACUACCUGCUGCUCGUCGUGGGGUGUUUUUAGGGUGUUUUCUAAAAGUAUAUAUGUAAAAAAAAAUGGCACACGUGUCCAGUCAGUAAUCGGGAUUUAUCAGCCACCAGCCUCUUCCUGACACAUCUGCGUAUUUUCCCUCUGGGAUUCGGACUCUCUUGAUUUUUUUUUUUACCCUCCUGUUCUUCCUCCUGGUCUGCAGGGAGGAGCCUGUUCCAGAAACCAGUCUUGUGUUGUUGUUUUUAUACAUUAUUUCCAGCUUUUUUUUUCUUUUUUUUUUUUUUUUAAAGAAGAAAAUGUCAUAAACAUGUCGUCUAUCAGUAUUUAAAAACAAAAAUAGGAGGUGGAAGACUAGGGAAUUCUGUGUUGUUGCUUUAGUUUUUCCUGCUUUUGUGCUUUACCUGAGAUCUUUUUUCUGAUGAUUGUAAGGACCCCAUCAAUCAUCCCCUGCCAAAUGCUGUCGUUGGGCAGUCAGGAGAAAGGCUGGCCUCUCGGCUGCCCGUCUAGAGCAUCACUAGGACCACGAGUGCUGGCUUUUCUUUCUUUUUUCUUUUUUUUUUCUGUUUGUUUGUUUUGGCUGAAAAGACAAAAAAAAAAAAGGAAGAAAGUCUCCUUUUAUGUACAAAUCAUUUUUAUUUCUAGUUUUUAUUAUUGUAUUUUUAAAAAAUCCUAAUUUCAGAAGCAACGAUGUAAAACAAAGGAACAGGAAAAAAGAAAAAAAAGCUGUAUGCAAAGUCUGUAAAUAUGAAAUGUGGGUUUGUUCAUACUAGACUAUACACACGCACAUGACUGGAAACUGUAUUUGUAAACUAGCUUUGGUUUGUGUAAUAAAUUACUUUCUAUAACA